CUUCUCCGGCACAGAGGCUUAAAGUGUCACCUGUGCGCUAGGAAAUUGUCAGCAGGGACAUUGGCAGCGUUAUUUCGUUUCUAUAAGGAGGUUGUGCAGUUAAGAAAAUAUCGUUAUCGUCCGUCUUAUUGGUGCUUAAUGGAAACGCGCAAUCAUAAAAAAUGGUUGCAUCUGGAGAAUAUCCGUGAAUACGAUCGUCUCCUUCCGACAUCUGUGCGUCAGAGAAGACACCUCAGCUAGCUGGACUCCAGGUCGGGUGUAAAGUCUUCACUGUGAACCGUGUGCUUCUGGAGUGAAGGUGACUUGCGCCCCGUCGCAGUCAAGGCAAUGCGGAGAGGAGUCGCAGGCGCUCAUCCGGUACUUUUCCUGCACUCUGAGGCUCGUCUGGGAAAACAUUUGGUCCAUCUCCCACACUAGAGGGGAGGAACGUGAGAGGUAGACCGAGCAAUAACAAUAAUCGAGGUUCAGCCUUGCCAAUAGUUGGCGAAGGUGAAUUGAGCGUAAAAGCAGGAGAGAAUAAGGUGAACAGUAAGGUGCAGAGUGGUGAGACAGGAAGAGAUAAAGUGGUGGAGUUUGGCGGGGAGAAUAAGACAAAACCGUUCUGUAUUAGGGUUGUUUUAUUAGUGGAUGUGUAUGCAUGAGUUCUGCAUCGAAUGGGCGCAAAAACCGCCCCAGAUCUGCCGGGAACAUCUUCCAGAUUGGCAAGCCUCCUCCCCGAGACCCACAGAGGAGGGAGAGCACCGAAAGUACCCGCAAAGCCCAGCGCGCCGUGGCCGACUGCAGAAUGAUCGUCCAAGAAUUCAAUACACUUGUGGCUCUGUACCGUGAGCUGGUCAUCUCCAUUGGCGAAAUCACUGUGGACUGUCCUUCUUUAAGGGCUGAAAUGCUGAAGACCCGAACUAAAGGCUGCGAAAUGGCGAGGGCGGCACACCACAGUCUCUCGUUGAUAUCGGGGCCAGAAGACGGGGAGAUCCACCCUGAGAUCUGUAGGCUCUUCAUUCAGCUGCAGUGCUGUCUGGAGAUGUACAUCACUGAGAUGCUUAAAUCCGUCUGCUUACUGGGCUCCCUGCAGCUCCACAGGAAAGGUAAGGAUUACUGCGGCCCUCACGGGGUCGACAGUAAGACUGAAGAGAGCUCAGACAUCCCCAUCCUGGAGGACACCUCUUCCUCCCCCACUGACUGUCCUCAGCUCUACUGGCUGGUGGCCAAUGACAUAGAAAACAUUGAAAGGGAUAUGAGGGAGAUGAAAAAUCUUCUCAGUAAACUCAGGGAGACAAUGCCUUUACCAUUGAAGAACCAAGAUGACAGCAGUUUGCUGAACCUGACUCCCUACCCACUGGUCCGACAGAGGAAGAGGCGGUUCUUUGGGCUUUGUUGCCUGGUAACCAGCUAAGGGCCCCACCUUCGUGGGUAGGAGGCGGCAACAAAGACAUCAUUACCCACUGUCCUUCACCACUUGUGUCUCCCACCAAUCUAUUACUGCCAUUUUCAAAUAAAUUGUCUCUUUCUCUUUUUUUUAAAGGCUGCC